AUGUCGCAAGAUUACAACGUUGAGUCGUGCAAGCAAGGUGGUUAUUGCUGCUGCUCGUUUGAAGGCUGGAAGACUACCAGUGCUAUCAGACAGGACGAAAGAGGGAGGGCUCAGGGUAUCGUCAUGAACAAAGACAAGACCAGGGAGAUCAAAGCGUUAUUUAUCCCGUACUUGAUCCCAUCACCACAUGCUCGAAUGAGCGAAUUGGCAACUCCACAUCUUCGCCCAAUUGUUGUGGAUGCGAUGUACACUGAGAGAAAGGUCGAUAGGCAAGGUAGAGACGAAUGGGAUGAUACAGAGGGAGAUGUCAGCCUCAGAUUCUCAUCCCCCAUCUACGCGGAAGAACCGUCUUUGAUCUCCACCAUAGCGGUCAAACGUGAACGUGAUCCUACUCCUCCCGCGACUGCUCGUCCACCUCGACCACAUAAAUUUCGUCGUGAUUACUGGAGUCCUCCUUCCAAAUUCAAGCCAGUGACCAUUCCGUCUUCUCCUCCUUCCACUCAACAGUUUUCAGCUCAUAUAACCCAACCAUCAAAUUUAGAUGUUAAGGUUGAAGUGGAUGUACAUAAUGGGCAGAUUCAUUCAAUGAAUGAGAACCUCGCAGCGAGGUCGCAAUCAACUCAUCCCAGAGCAACACCUCAUUCUUAA